UGAUGUGAUAAUAAUGAUUGUUGAGAGCUUAAAAAGGGCAAAAUCAUGUUUUCAUGAAGUGGCCACAUUAUUUGGUUAUGUGAAGAAAGGACCCGACAAUGGUGUAAUACUCCUUAACAGCUCAGAUUUGUUCAAAAUGACUGGGCUAUUAUUGGUCGUUGUCGUGAUUGAGUGUGGAGCUGUUCGUAUUUGGAAGCAUUACGCCAAAGAAAGUAAAUGGGAGCGAUUGAAAAGAAAGAUCCUGAAUUUUAUUAAGCCGAAAAAAAGCAACAGGAAGAUCUUCAACGCUUGCUUGAUUACGCUUGGAAUAGUUGGAAGUUGUUGUGUCUGUUGCUUGAUGCUUCGCUAAGUUCAACCAUUGAGAGAAAUGAUCAUACAGAAUUUCUUGAGUCACCUAAUUUACAACUAAGGAACAACAAAAAAUGCGUUAAAUGAAACAGUCAUAUGUAAACAGUCAUAAAUUUGCCCUGCUCUUAAGAGAAAGAUUCUUAUGAAAAGUAUUUGCUUUAUGUGUUGGAAUUAUAAAUAACUAUAA